GCGGCCAUGUUUCGAAAAUAAUUAUAGUGAAGUAUAUACACACACCAUGAAGAGAGUUGCAGUGAUAGGAGCCGGUGCAGCAGGGCUGUGCUGUGCCAGACACCUCAGUAGAUUUCCCGAGACCUUCCAGUUUACUGUGUAUGAGCAGAGUGAGCAGGUGGGGGGCGUGUGGGUGUACAGCAACCCCACUCCCGGCAAAGUACCGAAAGACGUGAGAGACGUCGUGAAGUCGGGUGAACCAAACAGAAUUCCCUUCCAUAGCACCAUAUACAAACAUUUGAUAACAAACCUUCCGAAGGAAAUCAUGCUGUUUCCAGGGUUUCCGUUCAAUGAUCACCUGCCGUCAUUCGUCCAUCACACUGAUGUCAGGUCCUAUCUGGAGAAGUACACAGAGCAUUACAAGUUGGACAGAUUUAUCCAACCUGGAAAAUUGGUUGAUUGUGUUUCACCACUUCCUCAAACAUCCGCCGACCAGAUCGACUCUGUGAGGUGGAGUGUCAGCACCCAGGGGCUAUCAACUGGCCAGAUGGAAUCUGAGGAGUUUGAUUUUGUUCUUAUCUGCAAUGGACACUUUUUUGAGCCGAACAUUCCUGACUUCAAAGGCCUUCUCUCAUUUCCUAGACCAGUUAUACACAGCAACUUCUAUCGAGAACCAGAACCUUUUUCUGAUAAAAAUGUGCUUGUGAUCGGAGUUGGCCCCUCGGGACUUGAUAUUAUGCUCGAUAUUGCUAAGCACGCUAAAGUAGUCUACUUGAGCAGUAGGAGAGAGUAUUUGAAGACAAAGGUACCAGAUAAUAUGGAGUGGCUACCCGAUGUUUCUGAACUCAAGGAAGAUGGUUGUGUUUAUUUCGAGAAUGGUGAAGAGAGAAGUGUGGACUGUGUUGUUCUGGCUACCGGCUACUUGUACUCUUAUCCAUUCCUCAGUGAAGAGUCUGGUAUCAAGGUUGUCGAGGGAAAGAGAGUCACUCAUCUCUACAAGCACACCUUCAAUGUCGCCCACCCCUCAAUGGCAGUCGUUGGUGUGAAUGCUGGGUUUAUUCCAUUCCCGGCAUUCAAUCUCCAAGUUCAGUGGAUUCUCAAAGUGUGGAAUGGAAUGAGAACACUUAUCCCAAAAUUAGAAAUGUUACAGGAAAUCGAGGAUAUUUAUAAGAGCCGACUGGAAGAGGGCCUGUCUGCUCAGAGAGCUGGACAUUACCUUCAAGAGAAGCAGUGGGAGUUGUACGAUCAAUUUGCUCUCCUGGGGGGUCUGAAGCCAAUGCCCCCUGUAAUUAAGAAGCUAUACGAUGUAGUCAUUCAGAGUAGGACAAAUAGAAUUCGGGAUUUCAGAAACAUUAACUACCAAAUCAUUGGAGAAGAAUGUUUUCUUUUGGACAAACUAGCUAUAUUAAAGGAGAUGCUGAGAGUUGCAGUGAUAGGAGCCGGUGCAGCAGGGCUGUGCUGUGCCAGACACCUCAGUAGGUUUCCCGAGACCUUCCAGUUUACUGUGUAUGAGCAGAGUGAGCAGGUGGGGGGCACCUGGGUGUACAGCAAUCAUUCUCCACAGCCGGGUCUACCAGACGAUGUCAGAACAGCAAGCUCUCAUGGACCUCACAGCAGCACUUACAAGAACUUGAGGACGAAUCUUCCGAAGGAGAUGAUGUUAUUUCCUGACUUCCCCAUCUAUGAUGACCACCUUCCUUCUUUCCCCACUCAUCGUGAAAUCCUCACUUACUUCAAGAAAUACUGUGAACAUUUUCAACUUGACAGAUUUAUCGAGUUUGGGAAACUGGUUGAGCAGGUUACUCCGAUACCCCUCCCCUCACCCCCAGCGAAGAAUUCUCUGGACUCAGUCAAGUGGAGAAUUGUGACAAAAUCGCAAACAACAGGAGAAAGAAAUUCGAAGGAAUUUGACUUCGUAUUUGUCUGUAAUGGGCACUUCUUUGCUCCCUCUGUGCCUGAGAUUAAAGGCCUCUCCUCGUUCCCCCGUCCGGUUUCCCACAGUCACUGGUACAGAGAGCCGGAACCAUUCGCUGGACAAGCUGUGCUGGUGGUAGGCACAGGGCCUUCAGGGGAGGACCUCAUCGUUGAUCUAUCCCCUCACGCUAAGGUAGUCCAUCUGAGCAGCAGAAACGGACCUUUGAAGUCGAAAGUUCCGCAAAAUGUUGAGCAGUUGCCUGGUAUCUCCGAGCUCAAGGAAGAUGGUAGUGUUUGUUUCGAGAAUGGUGAAGAGAGAAGUGUGGACUGUGUUGUUCUGGCUACCGGCUACUUGUACUCUUAUCCAUUCCUCAGUGAAGAGUCUGGUAUCAAGGUUGUCGAGGGAAAGAGAGUCACUCACCUCUACAAGCACACCUUCAAUGUCGCCCAUCCAUCAAUGGCAAUGAUUGGAGUUUAUUUUGCAGUUGUUCCAUUACCCGGGUUUGAUCGUCAAGUUCAGUGGAUUGUGAGAGUGUGGCGUGGAGAGAAAGCACUUCCUCCAAAACAGGAAAUGCUGGAGGAUGUUGAAAAAACUUAUCAGCAGCGAUUAGACGAGGGGCUUCCCCCUUACCUUGCCGGACACUAUUUGGAAGAAAGACAGUGGGAGGUGUAUCGAGAAUUUGCAGAAUUUGGAGGUGUAAAGCCACUGGACCGUGUCAUAGAGCAGCUGUAUAACGAGGCCACCCACGGGAGAGAGAACCAACUGUUGGAGUAUCGGAGCAGAGAGUAUGAAGUAAUGAACGAGGACACUUAUCAUUUAGUUGAGAGGAAACAAUCUUAGUUUUAGUACAUAGGUGUGUUUUGAUUUGUGCAUCACUGCCUCGUCAGUCUAUGAACAUUAUUUAUGAAAAAUCUUGUGAUAAUUAUAUAUAUAUACUGCG